AGCAUCUAAUAGAUCAUCACAACAGCUCACACACCUACGCUCUAACUGAGGAUUUGAAGCUGUGUUUCGCUGUGAGCCCAAUCCUCGAAUCCUUCAGAAAAACCGUGUUUCUCAUGCAAAACAGCAAGAGCAUAACUUUAAGUUUGUUUUUUGUUUUUUGGUGUUUUUUUUUUUAAUUUCUUCAGAAACUCCACAGUGGUCGCAGCCUCAACUUUGCUCAUCAUUUCCGAGUCUUGGUAUCAAUCGUCAUUAGGUUGGAAUAGCCAUCAUGGGGAGUCGAAAAAGGAAAAACGUUGAAGGUUCCCAACGAUUCAACUAAUAUGUAUGCAAACCUCACCAAAAUAGAAAUGACCACAGAACACCGCAUCAACACAGGGUUUUAAAUGUUCUUCAAAUACAGCAUUGCCAGGACAUUUUUGGAUACCACGUCUGGUGUCCUGUUUUCCAGACCAGACCCCCAGACGGGCGCACGUCUGUCUUGGCUACUGACCUGUCCCAGGAACAGGAAAAAGUUUCCUUCUCUCUCUCCACUUCUCUUCUGACCUUAGGAGGACACAUACUUUCCCCAAGAGCAUCCCCAUCAGAAGAUUGGCUGGCUCCGUUUACACGCCUCCCAUGAUGGGGAGCUCACUACCUAUGAAAGGCAUCUCCAGUCAGCUGUGCUGGGAAAUGCUGCUCCCAGCAGGGUCCACACCUGAGGCCAGGGCAGUUCCGGGAAUGGAGGCCAGUAUUCUAGGAGCAGCCAGACCCCACCCCAGCUGCCAGGAGUAGCGGCUUACAUAGAGACAGCCUGGAGCCCCAAGGACCUCACCAGGGAUCCCUGAAAACAGAGUGAACGGGCAUAAGCCCCACCCUAUGAAGGAAGAACAUUUCGUAAAUACCGCGGAAUGUGGACAUUUUCCCAUAAGGCCCAGCACCCCCUCCUCUCCCCUGGCCCCACAAGGCAGGGGCCAGUCCCCUAUGCCUCAUCUGUGGUUCCACAGGCCUGAGCUCUGUAGGUGCUCCCUCACCAGCCGAAGGUAACGCUGUGAUCAUUUCCUCCUUACGCAACUUAGCUCAGGAUUCAAGUGCACGCGCGCACACAAGCACACACACGGUUGACUUUUACAGACUUCUUUUAAACUCAUUUUACGGAAACCAAAAAGGAAAAAAUUGUGGAAUGUUAUUGUGAUCAGCUGUAAAUGUUAACUUGGCAGCCCCUGUGAGCUCCUAUGUGGGCCUGACCUAUCCCAUUUCAUUCCAUUUUUCAGUGGCCCUUCCAGGAAGCACUGUCAGUAACGUCAUUUCACAGAUGAUGAAACUGAGGCUCAGAGAGGUGCAGUGUGUUCAAGGUCACACCGCAGGGAUAUUGGUAGGAUUUCAAACAGGACCUCCCGUUGAUGGCCAUGUGUCUACUACUCCCUCUGGUCUGACAUCAGUGCUGACGUCAAGAAGAGGAUCAUUUUACCCAAAGGGCAACAGGAAGGGGAGCACUGGGUUCCCCAGGUGGCCCGCCCCGCCCCCCACUCCCACUGUCUCCAGGAGAACAAACCGGCCACUGGAAUACCGUUUGACAAAUUCCACUGAUCUCACUACCACACCCUGGGCAGCAAUGCCCCAGCACAUGAUGGGGGACAAGCCCUUCGCCUCGAUGCCGCAGCUGGUUUUCCCCAGCCCACCAUUGGCCCUGGAGGAUGGAUGUGACUGCACUCCCCCCAGCAGGCGGGCGUCCCUGGGCUCGUCCCUGAGCCGUGGUGCCCUGCGUUCAGCGGUCCACAGUCCCCUGGACUCCAGCAGCCAGCCGCUGUGCGAGCUGCAGGCAGAGAAGCGUGGCCCCCGGGCAGCCCGCGAGGUGCGCUACAUGUCGGCGGGGCCACAGAGCACGGAGUGUGGCUGGCGGACCUUCACCCCCAAGUGCCUGCAGGCCUUCAACACGCCACGGGGCUUCCUGCUGUUCCUGAGCGUGGCCUCCUUCCUGCAGGGCAUGACCGUGAACGGCUUCAUCAACACCGUCAUCACCUCCAUUGAGCGCCGGUUUGACCUGCACAGCUACCAGAGUGGCCUCAUCGCCAGCAGCUAUGACCUGGCCGCCUGCGUCUGCCUCACCUUCGUCAGCUACUUCGGGGGCAGCGGACACAAGCCCCGCUGGCUGGGCUGGGGCAUGCUGGUCAUGGGGGCCGGCUCGUUGGUGUUCGCGCUGCCCCACUUCACCGCCGGCUCCUACCAGGUGGAGCUGGACCAGGGCGUUGGGACAUGCCCAGCCAACCGCAGUGUGGCGUGUGGGGACAGCGUCUCGGGCCUGUCCAGCUACCGGCUGGUCUUCAUGCUGGGCCAGUUCCUACACGGUGUGGGUGCCACGCCACUCUACACGCUGGGCGUCACCUACCUGGAUGAGAAUGUCAAGUCCAGCUACUCACCCGUCUACAUCGCCAUCUUUUACACCGCGGCCAUCCUCGGCCCCGCAGCUGGCUACCUGAUUGGAGGCGCCCUGCUGAACAUUUACACAGAAAUAGGCCAACGGACGGAGCUGACCACCGAGAGCCCACUGUGGGUCGGCGCCUGGUGGGUGGGCUUCCUGGGCGCUGGUGCUGCCGCCUCCCUGAUUGCGAUUCCCAUCCUCGGCUACCCGCGGCAGCUGCCCGGCUCCCAGCGCUACGUGGUCAUGAGAGCGUCUGAAACGCACCAGUUAAAGGACAGCAGCCACACGGCGGCCAGCAACCCCGACUUUGGGAAAACCAUUAGAGACUUGCCUCUUUCCAUCUGGCUUCUCCUGAGGAACCCCACGUUCAUCCUGCUCUGCCUGGCCGGGGCCACCGAGGCCACCCUCAUUGCCGGCAUGUCCACCUUUGGCCCCAAGUUCCUCGAGUCCCAGUUCAGCCUGAGUGCCUCAGAAGCGGCCACCUUGUUUGGGUACCUGGUGGUGCCGGCGGGUGGCGGCGGCACCUUCCUAGGUGGCUUUUUCGUGAACAAGUUCAAGCUCCGUGGCUCAAGCAUCAUCAAGUUCUGCCUCCUCUGCACCCUCACCAGCCUGCUGGCCAUCUUGGUCUUCUUCACACACUGCCCCAAUGUGCCCACGGCAGGCGUGACGGCCAGCUAUGGUGGGAGCCUCCUGCCCGAGGGUCACCUGGACCUGACAGCUGCCUGCAACGUCGCCUGUGGCUGCCGGCCAGAACACUACAGCCCCGUGUGCGGCUCCGAUGGCCUCAUGUAUUACUCGCCCUGCCACGCAGGGUGCCCUGAGACAGCCGUGUCUGGCCCAGGAGGCCAGAAGGUGUACCGAGACUGUAGCUGUGUCCCUCAGAAUUUUUCCUCUGGUUUUGGCAGUGCUACUGCAGGGAAAUGCACUUCAACUUGUCAAAGAAAGCCCCUCCUUCUGGUUUUCAUAUUCGUUGUAAUUAUCUUUACAUUCCUCAGCAGCAUUCCUGCGCUGACGGCAACUUUACGGUGUGUCUGUGACCAGCAGAGAUCCUUCGCACUGGGAAUCCAGUGGAUUGUGGUUAGAACUCUAGGGGGCAUCCCAGGGCCCAUCGCCUUUGGCUGGGUGAUCGACAAGGCGUGCCUGCUGUGGCAGGACCAGUGCGGCAGGCAGGGUUCCUGCUUUGUGUACCAGAAUGCGGCCAUGAGCCGGUACAUGCUUGUCGCCGGGCUGGUGUAUAAGGGCGGACUCAGGAACGGCCCACUGGCAGCAGCCUUUUCAUGAAAGGCCUCAAAGAUGGAGGAGUCUCAGCUGACCCUAGUUUAUCUCCCUGCAGAUUAGGUAAAAAGAGCCAAGUGUGAGGAGGGGUUUGUGGGGCUCUGCAGAAUAGCACUGGGUCAAUUUUAAAGAGACAUGCCCUUCCUGGGGAGCUGGCCCUUGGUUUUCUUGUUUGUGUUAUAUGGCCCCCUACCCAGAGCCGCAGGUGGUGCCCGGGGCGUCUGCCUGCCCAGGUAAUCACCUGCGACCUCGGCACAGACAACAAGGACCACAGAGGUUAGGAUGGGCUAAUGCCAGCAGAGGCGCAGACAGGUGCACCCCAGGAGUUUAAUCGCUCUGCAAAGUGGAAACAGCCUCACUCACUAAUGCAGCUUCAGGCCCGUCAGCCCCAAGACGCUCCAGGAAGCACGGGGGGCGGGGUGUGUUUCUGCUAAAACCAGCAUUUACAUGUUAAUGUUCACACGUGUAUACAGAGGCCAGCACACGUGCUCCCACGGUCCUUUGCAAGCCCGUGUGUCAUCCCUGUCAUGACCCGUGAGGUUGGAGCACCGGUGCUAACCUCUUCUGAGCUAGGUUCCUGGGGCCACUGUAACAAUGGACCACAAACCAGGCGGCUGCAAACAGCAGGAAUCGAUUCUCCCAGUCCUGGAGGCAGAACUCCCAGAUCCAGGUGUCACAGGGUUGGCUCUUUCAGGGGCUCCAAGGGAGGACCCGUCCCAGGCCUGUCCCCCAGUGUCAGGGGCAGCUGGCAGCCCUUGGCUCGUGGACGCAUCGCCCCAUCUCUGCCUCCAUGUUCACGUGGCCUCUCCCUGUGCGUAUUUGUGUCAAAUCGGUCUCUGCUUCCUCGUGAGGACACCAGCCAUUGGAUUGGGGGACCACCCUAGCCCAGCCAUCUCAUCUCAAGAUCCUUAACUUAGUCACAUUUGCAAAGACCCUAUUUCCAAAUUAAGGUCCCAUUCACAGGUUCUGGGGGUAAGGAUUUGGACAUGUCUUUUAGGGGGGCACUGACUGUUCAGCCCACAACAAGCACCCCCCCAAGUGCCUCUAUUUUUAGUCAAAGGGCGUCUCCAUUCCUCAGUUACAGUAUUGGUGUACAUGCUGGGGACUAGCUAUGCAGGAAAGGUGGGUCUUCUCGCCAGAGCAGGGGUCCUCGGGACCUUGAGAGGAACCCAGGCCAGGCGGGGGCUCAGAACUGCGAGUGCUGAGUGGGCAGCUCCGGUCGGAGGUCACGUGGCUCCGUCCAGCAGUUC